AUGUCAAUCUAAAUAAACUUUAAAGUUAGAUAUGAAGCCAAAGUUCAUCAACAAUUAUAUAUUGUUGGUAAUUCUCAACUUUUAGGUGAAUGGCAUCCAUCAAAUGGCCUUAAAUUAAAUACUUAUUAAGAAAUUUACCCUUUCUGGACAGGAACUUUAUUUGGAGAUUUUGAACCAAGUAUUAAGUUAUAUCAAAAUAAGAUUGUCUCAUUUUGUUUAAAGCUGUCAUUAUAGAUUUAGAUAAUAUUAUAUGGGAAUAAAACGAAAAUAGGGCACUUUACAUUAAAUAUUAAUCUCAGAGUGUCAUAUUUUCAUUUAAUUCUCAUGAUGCUUAAUUAAUGAAAAUUAAAUCCUUUUUUGAUAAUCAUUAAGAAUCUAUUGAACAAACUCCUGAUUUCUGUAAUAUAUUUAUAAUUAUUUAAAAUAGCUGGGGCUCGAAGAAUAUAGUUUAACAAAACAUUUAGUCCUUUAGACUUCGCAUAUGUUAGUUCUGUAAAAUAUAAUUAUGAUUCCAAUUUUAGGAUUCAGAGACUGAACAUAGCAAUAUUUCUUCUUUGUUUAAUUCAACUGUUAAUUCAAAAAACUCUAGUAUUCGCCAUUUAGAUAAUCCUUAAAAUACAGAAUUAAAUUCCUUAUAUAAUUAUCAAUAUUGA